UCGAAUCUUUAUACCAGAUAAAGCACUCCUGCUCGUUUAUUAAACAGUGCAUAACGUCACAACUCGAUGGCACAGCCGUGAUGAGGUUUGAUUCCCCCUCCCUCCCUCCGUAAGUGUUGUACGUUAUGCAUUGCUACCGUUGUAUGACGAAAGAAUAUUUCGUCUGCUUGUUUACAGUGCCAAGGCAGGACAGCAUUGUUGUUUUUUAAGACUUUAAAAAGACUUUCRUGGUCAGAUGACGUUUUCCCCUGAGCAGUUUUAUGUUCUAUUUCGACCUUGGAGGAUCACCUCGGACAAAGGUCUGAUUGGUUCACUUGUGAUGGUUUAUGCCCUGACACUACUUGGAGAAUGUCUGAAGUUCUAUAAUAUAUACCGAACGUACAAUYCCUCACAGACCGAUCGCAACGUCAUCCAUUCGACGAAAAGAUUACGUUUUCAUGUCGUCAACACCAUACUGUCCAUUAUUGAGAAAGUUGUACAGUACUCUUCAAUGUUGAUUGUCAUGACUUACAACAUCUGGUUAUUUAUAGCAGUUCUUCUUGGUAAUGCUACAGGUUACUUUGUAUUCACUCCUCUACUGGCUCGAUACAUGUUUUUUAGAGAAAGGUCGACGCCAUAUGAGCUUGAAGUAUUGACGUAACAUUGUGUAUCUUAGAGUUGGUUAUGUAUGCAAAGGAAUUAAAGAUCGACUCGUCAAAUGACAGAUGAAAAUAAGCUCAGGGAGAGGGCGGGCGUUGCUCCUCGAUAACUACAAUCAUAAUCAUAAUACUCCAAUUUCGAGUUCUGGUUUGCUCUGUGUUAGCCUCAAAACCAAGUAACAUAUUCUUUUGUUUUAUUGAUAGCUCGAAAAAACGCAUGGAAUUUGUGAAGAAAGACAAUAAAUUUGAUUUGAAAUCUCACACUUUUACGCUCACAAUAAGGAAUAAUUUGCGCACAAAUGAGGCUAACACAGAGCAUUGGAGAAUUCGAAACUGGAGUAUUACAAGCAACAGUAUCCUACGUUAUUUGUCAUUAUUAACUACAGCUAUUGUUUAAAUCCUAAACAUGUCGGUCUCGUAGUGACAAGUGUAAAACAGCUACUUUUGUAAGCGUUUUUAAUAAACGACUUGAAAACUGA